UGUCAUGGUUUAUUAAUAAAUUCUCGUUGCUAUGGUUACUCUCUUGAGUGUUAUGAUAAAGUCAAUCAUUAUGUUGCAAUAAUUAUCGUGUGGUCACUCAAUUUGACUGAUAAAUAAGCAAUAAAAGCAAUUAAAUUGGAGGAUUAUUUCAUCAUUUCCAUGGUUACUCUUUGGAUUUCUUGGGGUUUUUCCAUGGUUACCAAAAUGAAAUUAUUGUUGCUUUUCGUUGCCACGGUCCAUUGCGGGACUCUGCUCCCGUUGGAUACGAAAUACAGCGUCACCUACUCGCUUAAUGCUAAUCGGACGGAAAUUGAGUUUUCCGUGGAGGUGGAGACCAGGGGGUGGGUCGGGUUAGGGUUUUCUUCUAACGGAGGGAUGGUCCGGUCGGAUAUCGUGAUUGGGGGGGUGAGAGGGUCGGGGGAGGUUUAUUUUGAUGACUACCACGGCCCCGCGGACAUGAACGGCGCCCCGAUUUUGGACAGUAAAAAGGACUACAAAUUAAUUUCCGGGACGGAAAACGCGACCCACACGGUUUUGGUCUUUAGCAGGCUAAUCGACACCUGUGACCCUGACGACAUGCAAAUUACGGACGCAGGGCUGAGGUUAAUCUGGGCGUAUGGAGAAACCGACGAGAUUGGUUACCAUGGCGACAGGAAGAGUGUCAAAUCGGUUUAUUUACUCGAUCCUGAUGUGCCCAGCGUGGAUUUGUCGGGCCUGGAAACCCAUGAUAUCGUGUCCACGAUAAGAAUGCCCUCGCGUAAAACGACGUAUUGGUGCUCGCUCCACCGGCUCCCCAAAUUCGAAGAGCAGCGUCAAAUGAUUGCCUACGAGCCCAUCUUCCUCUCCCCCACUGCCCUGAAUUACACCCACCACAUGAACAUCCUCAAGUGCUUCAACCUCUCUGACAACUACUACAACUCCUCCCACUGGGUCGGCCACGAGGGCGUCGACUGCAACGAAAACGAGGCCGAGAACGGCUUCCCAGGGGCGACUUGCGUCUUUCUCGAGUAUGGUUGGGCUCUGGGGGGCGAGCUCGCCGUGAACCCCCCCGACGUGGGGUUCCCCUUUAAAUCCGAGCAAUUUUACAAACUGGAAGUCCACUUGAAUAACCCGAAUAACGUGGAAGGCGAAGAGGUCCAGGUCGGGUUCAGGAUCUAUCACACCCAUGAAAUUCAAAAAAUCACAGGAUCCUUGUUGAUGGUCUCCGCUCCGACUAAUUUUCAAUUAAUGGUCCCCCCGAAUUCGAUGGAAUUUACGACCGUGGCGCAUUGUAUGCCCCAGUGUCUUAAUAAACAUGUUAUUCCCCCCGAGGGGGUCACCGCUUAUAACGCGUUUCUUCAUGCUCAUACUUCGGCCAGGAAGAUGAGAAUUCGGCAUUUUCGAGGAAAUUCAGAGUUGCCAUGGAUUAUCAAUGAUGAAAAUUACGAUUUUAACUAUCAGACCAAUCGGAGACUCCCCAAACCGGUCACGAUCCUGCCCGGUGACCAAAUCACGGCCGAGUGCGUCUACGACACGAAUUGGAAGGGGGGCAAAAGCGUCAUCGGGGGGCAGUCCACGGAUGAUGAGAUGUGCAUGGUCUUCAUCGCGUACUACCCCGAAAUCCCGAAUUUCGUCGGUUGCUAUGACUGGAUGAACAAGUUCAACAUGUACAAAAUCCUGGGGGUCGAGACCGUCGAUAAUCCAACGGGCAAGGACCCCGUGGUCACGUCCCCCGCUUGGCUCCAAGGUAUGAAUUUUUCCACCGUGGUUUCGAACUUUAAUUGGACGGAGGAGGCGCGGCGGGAGUAUCAAUGGCAACAACAGUUUGGGGAACACGUGACCGCCUGUUUGCCUCAGAUUAACGCUGUCACGGGGUAUUAUCCGAUGGUGGAGAGGUACGUGGAGGAGAGGGGGUGUCCCAAGGGGGGGAUGGGGAUAGUGGGGGGAGUGGGGUGAAGGGGGGUGUGGUCU